GGGGCCCGGCGGCCCUCCCGAAAGUGGCGGUUUGCUGGAGGCGGUUACCUAGGAAUCCCGAGUAGUUUGAAUGUGUGGCGACCUGUGCACCGGUGCUUGGUCGGUGCUAUCUCAGCAGGAGUGGGACCCCCGAGGCCUAAGAAACAGGCUUUUAUCUGGCUCGGGACUCCCCGGCAUUCAUCGCUUCCCUCCAUAACCGGAUAGCAGUUAUUUGGACUCAGCCUCAGACCCAGGGGUCACAUGCCAGGAAGGAUGGCCCCCCUCAAGAAGCCUCGAAAUGCCGCAAGGUUGCCCCUGGCUUUAAACCCCCUGAAGAGCAAGGACGUGUUGGCAGUGCUGGCCGAAAGGAACCAGGCUAUAGUGCCAGUUGGGGCCUGGGUGGAACCUGCCUUGCCAGAUAGUUCGGAAGUCCCAGCAUAUACUUCAGCAUAUAUGAUUGAAGAAGAACUAAAGGAACAACUAAGAAAAAAACAAGAAGCUCUGAAGCAUUUUCAGAGACAAGUCAAACGCCGAGUAAAUCAACAAAUCAGGUUGCGAAAAAAGCAUCAGCUUCAGAGAUCUUAUGAAGCAGCAGAAAAAGAAGGCUCUAUAGCCAUGCAGUCCUCAGAUCCAGCACAUUUAACUCCUAAAAGAACCAGUGUUUUUCCAAAGAACUUGAAUGCUGCAAUUGGAAGUGCUAGGUUACCUCCUUCCCAGGUGCUGGGGGAUGGACUAGAAGAUAGAGAGAAUCAGAAUGAAUUACUCCAACAACAAGCCCAGGCUCUUAGUCAAACCAUGAAACAGGCUCGUCACCGACUGGCAUCAUUUAAGACUGUGAACAAAAAAAAUGUUUCAGUGUUUCCAGAUGGUAGAAGAAAAACCUUUCCCCACCAAGAGGAACCUGACUCUGAGGAAUCUUCGUCUAUUUUGAUAGAUAAAAAAGGGAGAGAAAAUUUGUUUUGGGGAGACCAACAGGAUCUCCUUUCUGAAGACAGGGACAAACCUUUCAGCAGAGUUCAGAAAGCACAAUUCAAAAAUCCAUUAUUUGCUGUGAUGAAAGAGGAAGAGCAAAAGCAGUUAGAUCUUCAAGGCCUUCAGGAUAUUCUGCCAGAAGCCCAGGAUUAUCUUCCAGAAGCCCAAGGUGAUCUGCUGAAAAUCCAGGGUGAUUUGACAGGAGUCCAGAGUGUUGAGCUAGAAGCUAAGAGUAUUGAGCCAAGGCUCAGCACCCAGGUUGUUGAGGUGGAAGGCCAAGCCACUGAGCCUGAAGCCCAGGCUGUUGAGCCUGAAGCCCAGGCCACUGAGCCUGAUGCCCAGGCUGUUAAGACAGAAACUCAGGAUAUUAUGCCAGAAGCCCAGAGUAUUGAACUAGAAGAUGGGAGUAUUGUGUCUGAAGUCCAAGAUUUGCUACCCAAAGAACAGUGUGUUCUUCCCACAGACCAGAAUGUUCUACUCAGAUGUCAGGACCAGGACUUUCUACCUAAAAACCAGGUUUUUCUACCCAAAGACCAGAAUAUUCUACCCAAAUGUCAGGACCAGCAUGUUCUCUCCGAAGACCAGAAUAUUCAGUCCAAAUUUCAGGACCAGGAUUUUCUACUCAGAGACCAACACCAGCAUUUUCUAUUCAGAGACCUGUGUGUUCUCCCCAGAGUACAGGAUUUUCCACCCAGAGAUCAGAAGGCAAAUUUGAAGCAGCCAGCAUCAAUUUUGACAGACAGGAGAGGGAGAGAGGUGUUUCCUCUGGAUGCCCGUCAGGAUCUUCUACACAGCACUCAAGAUCAGACCUCCAUCAGGGACAAGAAAGUACGCUUCAAGGAGUCAUAUUCUGAUAUGUCAAGUGAGAAAGGGAGAGAAGGCUUUUCCCUGGCAAGUUAUCAGUACCUGCCUCCUAAACUCCAGGACUAUGCCUUCAUCAGAGAUCAGAACAAGUGUCUCAAGCAACCUGCAUCUUUUGAGAAACGGGAGAUUGAAAGAAGAAUUGUUUCUGGAGUGCCAUCGACCUUAUGCUUCAGGCAGCAGCCGUCUGUUGGGACAGCAGAAAGAUGGCAAGAGGAUUUGUUUCUGGAUGGCCAUCAGCAACUUCCACCCAAGCACCAGAGAGAGGCUUCCAGCAGAAGACAGGUGUAUGGUGAAUGUCAGUCAAGAUUGAACACCGAAUUCCAAAUUCCACUGGCACUUCAGUCUGGAGUAGAUCAAGAAGAAGACAAGAAAGAGCGUCAAAAGCAAUACCUGCGAUACAGACGACUUUUCAUGGAUAUUGAAAGAGAACAAGUAAAAGAACAACAAAGGCAAAAAGAACAUCAAAAGAAAGCUGAAAAAAUUAAAAAAAAGAAAGAGCAGCAACGUUACGCUGAGGAGCAGAGGAUACUAAGAAUGAACUUCCAUGAAGAGCCAUGUUCAGGAGAGAAGAUGAGUGAGAAAAUAGCCCAGCUACAGCUUGAGGAAGUAAAAGGAGCCAGAGAAAAACAACAACAGAGAGAGAAGGAAUGCCAAAGAUAUACGGAAGCUCUAAGAGCCCAGAUCCAGGAGAAAAUGCAGCUGUAUAAUAUUACUUUACCUCCACUAUGCUGUUGUGGUCCUGAUUUUUGGGAUGCGCAUCCUGACACCUGUGCCAACAAUUGUAUUUUCUAUAAAAACCCUAGAGCAUAUACCCGGGCACUACAUUCGGUCAUCAACUCCUGUGAUAUCCCUGUGGGGAACUCAGCUCUUCGAGUCGCCAUGCAUAAUUUGGUUUCUGCACACAGACGGACUUUGAAAAAUGUGUAAUGAGAAUCUGAAUCCAACUGUUAGUAUUUCAGUCUUCAUUUAAAACCAACCCUGAGAAAUUAUUUAGGAAAAACUGAUAAAGUGUAUAAGAUAUGUAAUCUAGAAAGAAAGACUGUCCCACGUAACGACCGUCUCUAUAAUUAGAUCAUUACCAUUGUUUCAGUCUGUGCUUGGGGCUGAAAUUGAAAGCUGGCUUCCAAGCUUGUGUUUUUGCCGUGAACUGUGCAGAGUCUCUUGUUUUUAAAAAAUGAUCAGUUAGACCAGUAAGGUUUUUUUACUUAGCUCUGCUCUGAUCAGAAGAGAUCAUGAGAAAUCAUUGAGAUUAUCUCAUUUAUUGCCUAUUUGAAACUGUUUCUUUGAGUCUUGACAAAACUGGAAAUGUCUAGAUAAAACAGAAAAGAUGAUGAAAUGGGUUUCUGAGCAUCAGUGGCCAUCUACAUUCCUGUUAGCUGUUCUAGUUGUAUAUAGCGAUUAGAGAUGAGAAGAAUCUGAAUUUGAUGCACAUUUUGUUUUCCUCAAGAUUUUUCUCUCCUGGCUUUUAAACUUAUUGCCUCUUUCCCCAUUCAGUGCCAUUGGCCAUAGUACUUUAUAAUUUUAUAAUUUUGUACUGUAAAAACAAGGUAAAUAAACCCUCUGUCUUUUGAGCUUCUUCUGUGUGAAAUAAUUGUGAGUGACAUUUCAAAAAGUAAAUCUGAAGUCAAAGUGAGUAAAGGUCCUGCCUUAUUUCCCUAUCUUUUAAAAAUCUGAAGAAUGGCAUAUCUACAGAGCAGAUGAAGUAAAAAUUUCUAUAGUUAGUGUGAAUUUGUUAUUUCAUCACUGAUUUCCUGACACAAAAUAUGAAAAGGUUUAGUAUUGAAUUAAAGGUACUGAGAAUUUCUUUUUCCAACUUUCUCUAAUGAUCAGUGUUGAAGAAGCACAUAGGUUACAUCUCAAAAAACGCCUAAACAUCCAGCCAGGUCAUCAAAAAUAAGGGUCAAAAUUACCUGUAUGACAAGAUUGACUGGUUAUUUAACCAGAUUAAUAAUCCAGUUCAGUCAAAAUCUUUAAGUAUUUGUAUCCAUGAUUCAGCCUUUAAGAGUUGUAUUUCUAACAGUUUUAUUGAGAUAUAAUUCAUAUACUAUGUGAUUAACUCAUUUGAAAUGUGCAGUUCAGUGGUUUUUAGUGUAUUCUAGGAUUGUGCAAGUGUCACCACUGUCAAAUUUUAGAAUAGUUUCGUCAUUCUAAAGAGAUGCCCCCAUAAUCCAACAAUCCCACUACUGAGUAUGUAUCUGAAAUAAUUGGAAGCAGGAUCUCGAACAGAUAUUUGCAUACCCAUGUUCAUGGCAGUAUUACUCACAGUGGCCAAGAAGUGGAAGCAACCCAAGAAGUGUCUGUCGACAGAUGAAUGGAUAAGCAAAAUGUGGUCUAUACAUACAAUGAAUAUUAUUCAGCCUUAAAAAGGAAAGAAGUACUACCACAUGAUAUAUGGAUGAGCCCUACGAACAUGCUGAGUGAAGUAAACCAGUCACAAAAAGCAAAAUGCAGUAUGAUUCCACUUAUAUGAGGAACUUAGUCAAAUUCAUAAAGACAGAAACUAGAAUAGUAUUGCUGGGGUCUGGGGGGAGGAGGAAAUGCAAAGUUGUUGAAUGUGUAGGGUUUCGGUUUUACAAUAUGAAAAAGUAUUGGAGAUCUAUUUUACAACAGUGUGAAUCUACUUAACAUGACUGAACACAGCGUGUACACACUUAAAAACAAUUACAAUGGUAAACUUUAGAUUAUGUGCAGUUUUUUGUUUGUU